AUGGACACCCCCAUAUGGAAGCGGAAGCGUAUAGAUCAUAGAUCGCGUGGUGUAUUGGUCUCGAUCCGUCCACAGUUCGUCCUAUCUCUAUUCCCGUCAACGAUCCGUGAUGUUCUCGAAUCGGGAUGUGGGGGGUAUGAGGUAGAAGGGCUUCGGCUUAAUGAGCCCGGGGAGGACGGCGCUGAUGAUCCCGGUGUAGUGUUAGCCGUUGCUGAUGCCGAUGUGGCACCGAUGCGGAUAGAGGCAGCGGCAGCGGCAGCGGCAGGGUUGCAGCGUGCACAAAUAAAAAUGUUGAAACCUCGGCCAUCGCAGAUAGUGCAGAUUGAGCCCCUGGAGAAAUAA